AUGAAGACCUAUCAUUCGGAGGUGAACAAGGCUACCACCAACCAUGGAAAGGCGGAACGGAAGACGAAUGCAAAUACGGGACAACGCUGUUGGCGCUGUGAGGGACAACACAGCCCUAAAACCUGCAAGUUCAGCACAGCAACGUGCCAUUACUGCCACAAGCGAAGUCAUCUGGAAAAAGCCUGCAUUUCGAAGAAGAAGGCCACUAAGAAGGGGUACCAGCGCAGCAUAACUGCGGACACGUCACAAGAACAACAGUCUACCAUUGUCGAACACCAGGUGUCAUCUCUUCAUGCCCUGGCAAGUGGGAACACUGCGCCCAAGAUCACAGUGUCCAUCUCUUUAAACAGUACACCAGUGAUAUUCGAAGUGGACUCAGGUGCUGCUUGUACCAUGAUCAGCCGCGGCACUUUUUGUGCUGUGUGGCCCACGAAGGCACCCCAAGUGUGCAAGGAGGACAUCCACCCACGCACGUGUUCGGGACAGGUACUCGAAGUGCUAGGAACUGCGACAGUACUGUCCAGCACAAGUACAAAUCGUGCCAGCUGCCGUUGCUUGUGGUUGAAGGACCAGGUUGCAGCCUACUUGGACGCAAUUGGUUUCAGGCUCUAG